UAGAUGGUGCGGGAGUAUGGACUUUCAAUAUGCAAUCUGCUCCGAGCUGCUGUGUCGUAUUUGAUGAAUUGGCGAUCAUGCAGGAGGGUCGCAACAUGACGAGGAGCCUCAACUCUCAAGUCGCAGUGGACUUGAGAGGCGCUAUCUCGCGACCCGAUGCUCCAGCAGACUGGCACGAGUUCGAUAUCGGCACCGGGGCACAUUCGAAAGGUAUCUUGGCACGGCUAGAUCUCGCAGCUGAGGGCAUCAACUCCCGCGUCGUGCACGCGAGAGGCGCUACCUUGCCAGGUGGUCUUGUCGUUGCAAACUAA